AAGGGUAGGCAACCGAACGAAGCAAAAUCACCAAAAACAGGUGUAACGUCAUGUUUACAAAAUAACACAAAUUAGUUUUUAACAUUUUAAUUAAGUGUUGAUGUUUUGACGAUGUCUGGAUUUAGUGGAGUUCUUCAGUUAACCGAUUUAGACGACUUUAUUACCCCGUCACAAGAAUGUAUCAAACCUGUCCAAAUCGCAAAAAGCAAAAGUGGCACGGGUGCCAAAAUUACAAUACAGGAUGAUGGAUCAUACCUCCAGACUGACAGGGAUGGCAGCACUCAAAAGCUUCAAAAAGUGGAAAUUUCCCUUUCCGAUUGUCUCGCCUGUUCCGGCUGUAUAACCUCCGCUGAAAGCGUCUUAGUAACGCAACAGAGCCAAGAAGAAAUUUUACGAGUUUUUGAAGAAAACAAACAGUUAAAAACCUCGGGGGCUGAUGCUAAAUUGAUUGUAGUUUCCCUCUCCAUACAACCAAUUCUGUCAAUAGCCAAUCAUUAUGAUCUCCCCGUCAAUGAAUGCGCCGCUAAACUUAUAACGUACUUUAAGAAUUUGGGGGCAGAUAUGGUUGUAGAUAUGACAAUAGCUGAAGAUUUUGCACUUUUGGAAAGUCAAAGAGAAUUUGUUCGUAGGUUUAGAUCAACUGAAAUCGACGGAGUUAAAAAUGUUUUGCCUAUGUUGGCCUCAAGUUGUCCUGGGUGGGUUUGUUAUGCUGAAAAAACCCACGGUAGUUAUAUUCUUCCAUAUAUUUCUGUCACAAAAUCGCCCCAACAGAUUAUGGGGUCCCUUAUUAAACAAUGGGUGGGGGGAAACUUAGGAGGACGGUCCAUUUAUCAUGUCACACUUAUGCCUUGUUAUGAUAAGAAACUAGAAGCUGCCAGGGAGGAUUUUUUUAGUCAAGAAACGCAAAGUAGAGAUGUGGAUUGUGUAAUAACUGCAAUUGAAUUGCAACAAAUGCUUGCUAAAGAAGAUUGUAAUUUGGAAAGUUUAGAAAAGUCGAAUUUCUCGCAACCGUGGUUACUGAAAGAAAACACAGAUGUUUCUCCUUGUCUUUCAAAGCACGUGGGAUCAGGCUCUGGGGGUUAUUGUGAUCAUAUUUUCAAAUAUGCGGCUAAGGAGCUGUUUGGAGAAGAAGUAGAGAACUUGGAAUAUCAUAAUUUAAGAAACCCGGAUUUCCGGGAAGUAAUUUUGGAAAAAGAAGGAAAAAUAUUACUACGUUUUGCUAUAGCGAAUGGAUUUAGAAACAUUCAGAAUUUAGUCCAAAAACUAAAAAGAGGAAAAUCGCAGUAUCACUAUGUGGAAGUUAUGGCGUGUCCUUCAGGUUGUUUAAACGGUGGUGCUCAAAUCCGGCCUCGUGAAGGUACAGUCCUAAAAGAACUGACCCUGGAACUGGAAAAUUUGUACUCUUCUCUCCCGGUAAAAACGCCAGAGGAAGAUAAAGUGGUAAAGGAGUUAUAUGAAGGAUGGCUAGGAGGUCUGGAAAGUGAUAAAUGUACGGCACUCCUGCAUACGCAGUACCAUGCCGUGGAAAAAACAACAAACGCCCUCAAUAUAAAAUGGUAACAAGGUCUAAUUUCCUCAAUAAAAUAAUUUAAUUAUGUA